UGGGACUACAAAUAUCUGGGCGUUUCCAUGGUGACGUCACGUGAGCUGACUGACACGUACUGUUUUGGUUUAGAAAAAAGGAAAAAAAGAAAAAGUGAAGCCGGAAGAAGAAAGACAGACAAACAGAAAGCUCGGAGCUCAGGAGGGCUAAAGACAGUUCACCACAUUCAAGAGUCUCUUUGGGUUUCUAUCCCUGGUUCCAUCAUGAACGUGUUUGACCGCAACAUCAACUUUGAUGCUCUCUUCAAGUUCUCUCAGAUAUCUCAUUCCACACAGGUGCACUUGAAGAAUGUGUACUCCAGCCUGGCUGUUUGUAUGUUUGUGGCUGCAGCCGGCUCCUACGUCCAUGUGGUCACACGCCUCUUUCAGGGCGGCAUACUGUCAGUGCUCGCGUCCCUGGGGAUGAUGUUUUGGCUCGCCAUGACACCCCACAACUCCGAGACGGAGAAGAAGAGACUCGCCAUCCUCGCAGGAUUUGCCUUCUUCACAGGCGUCGGCCUCGGCCCCACACUGGACUUUGUCAUCGCUAUCAAUCCAAGCAUCAUUGUGACGGCCUUCAUGGGAACCUCUAUGAUCUUCAUCUGCUUCACUCUCAGCGCUCUCUAUGCCAAACGCAGGAGCUACCUGUUCCUGGGAGGCACACUGAUGUCCGGUCUCUCCCUGCUCUUCCUGAUGUCCGUGAUGAACAUGUUCGUUGGCUCUGUGAUGCUGUUUAAGGCACACAUGUACCUGGGGCUGCUCAUCAUGUGCGGCUUCGUCCUGUUUGACACUCAGCUCAUCAUUGAAAAGGCAGAAAACGGAGACAAGGAUUACGUCUGGCACUGUGUGGACUUGUUCCUUGAUUUCGUCACCAUCUUCAGGAAACUGAUGGUCAUCCUUGCCAUGAAUGAUAAGGACAAGAAGAAAGAAAAGAAGUAAAGCAAAGUGUGAGGAGAGUCUAAACUAAUCUGUGAGAUAAAGGCACAAUCUGCGCUGCACUUGGUGCUUUUCACUUUCUGUCUUCAUUUAUUGAAUUAACUUCCUCUGUGGUCUUAUAUUACUGAGAAAAAAAAUCUUUGUUUUUUUCUGCUUUUAUUUUUUCAAACUUACAACAAAGAGGUUGAAUGUAAGUUUUACUGGUAAUCUAAUGCUAGUCCCAUUAAGGCUGUGAAUGGAUAGAGCAAUGCUGCAGUGAACCUGUUCGGCCUGUAGAGGGGAGCGUUGCUUCAUAACGCCUCCCUGAAGCUGAGCAGCACUUAAAGAAGGUUUUCAUAUUUACUGUUAUUUAGUGCCAUACAUUAAGAACAUGGUAGGCUCCUUUUUUUUUCUUUUUUUUUAGUGUGAGCUUCUGAGGCUGAUCGUUGGUUAAUUUGAGUUUCGUGAUUUCAGCUUAUUUAUAGUUUCCCUCAGUUCCCUUUGGUGGAGUGUCACGAGACGUGCUGUCCCAUGAUUUUGACAACAGAUCCCCCUCUCUCUCCCCGCUGAACGAAAUCUCCCUGUAAUCGUUUUUGUUCCUACACAUUGAGUAAGAGCGGUGACGCCUGUCAUACCCAUAAUGAACACUAACUCCAUCGCUAGUUUGAGGAGGGAGAGUCGAGCCAUCAGUCCACAUUUUCAACGUGGGAUUAAAAACACACGGGCGACUUCCUCACACCUCUCUCUGUGUACAUUUCUCAAAAUAUCUGUUGUCUAGAAAUUAGUUUGCCAAACGAUAUGAUGUUAACCUUAUACAUUUUUUUGAAGGUGUAUACUGUGAAAAAUUUAUUUUAUUGAUGUAAAAUUGAAACUAAUAAUUUGAUACAUUUGCUCAAAUAAAUGUGUUGAAGGUA